GGGAGUUGACCGUUUCCUACCACCAACAAGGGGGCAUUAACUUAAUUUUUCUGUUUCGGAGUUCCACUGAGUGUGAGGAGUUGCAGCAGCAGCAGCACCUUGGAGCCGUUGUGUGGUGACAGCAACGUCAUAACCCUGAGGCAACCAACUAGCUAGCCCACAGCAAACCAAGCAAGCAACAAGCCUAUCUAUUGCUAUUGAUAUCAAGUUUGUUAAUAGUAGUGUUGUUAUCUGAUAGUGUUGUAAUCAAGAUGCCCAUCAAUCUCCAGAACCACCGCACGUCGAACGCCAAGCUGUUCAGCGUAAGCGGCAACAAGCAAAAGCUGCACACAGCCGCGUCCUUUCAGAAGAAGAAGAAUGCGAAUUUGAAGGUUGGCAAGAGUUCUAGUGGCACAGGGAGUGCGCUGCUGAACCGUAUGAUCAACAAUCAGUCUUUAGCAGCAGCAGCUAGUAAUCCCUCGCGACGACGUCAUUCGAUGACUGGCAAUUCUGGGAUCAAUGGCAGUACACACAGUGCUACGGGUAGUACUACGAGUGGUCGAGAGGGGAGUGUGAGUCCCUUGCGACGAUCGGUAGGAGAUGCGCCGUCUCCGCCGCAACAACAGCAACCGCCUCAUAUAGGUCAAGUGGCAAUCACGCCUAAGGGUAGCAGUCACGAACGGAAAAUCAAAAAGUCUGCCAGUGGGGACACUUCUUUGGAUCCUCCCCAUUUGUUUCGCAGUUCUAGUACCAGCAGCAACAAGAAGAAGAACAUGAGACGUUCUCGAUCGUUUGAUAAGGAAAAAACGCUCUCCAGUCUCAUGCCGUCCGCCAUUGUUACUUGUUCGCUCGCCAUGAAACCCAGAAACUUUCUCAGAAGAGGAUCUGGAGAUUCAGCAAGAUCCAACAAUACCGCUCCUCCUUCUGCCAACACCAAUACUACCAACACCUCCACAUCCUCCAAGAAAGGCAGAUCCACCAGUACUGGAGCGCUACCCGACUGCGAACCAGAAUCUCCUCGAGAUACCCUCAAAGCCAAGCGAAGACAACUCCGACGAAACACACUCUCGGGAGAUCUACCCUUUGUCCCAGACACUCCACCCUCUUCUCUACUCAAUAUCUCUACAGAUGAUCCAGAAGAUGUUUCCAAUCGAUUCUUGAGUGAUGACGACGAUAGUGAUGACGAUUCGCUCUUUAGUAUGAGUGAGGAGCAUUAAUGAGUCAACAGCAACAAACACAACAAGACACGCACACAAGUAGUAGUACAUAACCACACGCAUCAUCACAAACAAACAAACAAACACACAGAAGAAAACAAAAACAACAACAAAAGAAAGAGACAAACAAGUAGAAGGAACCAGUUUUGACACCUGCAAAAUAAUAAUAUAAUAACAAUUACAACAUGCUCAUCAUUCAUCAUGUACGGUAUGAUGUAGCAAUCACAAUUCUGUCUUGGCAUGUAAGUGUACUGUCAUUCG